AUGGCCCAGGAAUUGACCUUAGAUGAUGUGCAUGUCGACUUCACUUUGGAAGAGUGGACUUUGCUGGAGCCUUCCCAGAAGAAUCUCUACAAAGAUGUAAUGCUGGAGACCUACAGAAAUCUCACUACUAUAGGCAUGAAAGAGGUCCAACUGGAGAGAAACCUGUAUAUACUCAAUGUGUUAAAGCCUUUGCAUAUGACAGUCAUCUUGAAAAGCAUGAAAGAACACAUACUGGAGAGAAAAUCUAUGAAUGUAAUCAGUGUGCUAAAGCCUUUGCACAACGCAAUCAUCUUCAAAGGCAUGAAAGAACACAUACUGGAGAGAAACCCUAUAGAUGUAAUCAAUGUGGUAAAGCCUUUGCAUAUCCCAGUGCUCUUCAAAAGCAUAAAAAAACACAUACUGGAGAGAAACCCCAUGAAUGCAAUCAGUGUGGCAAAGCCUUUGCACAACACAGUCAUCUUCAAAGGCAUAAAAGAACACAUACUGGAGAGAAAUCAUAUGAAUGUACUUAAUGUAGUAAAGCCUUUGCACAAUACAGUGAUCUUCAAAGACAUAAAAGAACACAUACUGGAGAGAAACCCUACAAAUGUAAUCAAUGUAGUAAAGCCUUUGCACAGCACUGUACUCAAAUACAUAAAAGAAGACAUACUGGAGAGAAACCGUAUGAAUGUACUCAGUGUGAAAAAGGCUUUGCAUGUAAUAAUACUCUUCAAAUACAUAAAAGAACACAUACUGGAGACAAACCCCAUGAAUGUACUCAGUGUGAAAAAGCCUUUGCAUGUAAUAGUACUCUUCAAAUACAUAAAAGAACACAUACUGGAGAAAAACCCUAUGAAUGUACUCAAUGUGGUAAAGCCUUUGCACAGCAGAGUAAUCUUCAAAUGCAUAAAAGGACACAUACUGGAGAGAAACUAUAUGAAUGUAAUCAGUGUGAAAAAACCUUUGCCUGUCAAAGUCAUCUUCAAAU